CUGAGAACUCAGAAAAUGUCAUUGAAGUCAAUUACAAAAAUUAUUUUCUCACAGGAAAAGUUUUCUAAAUUAUAAAGAAUGGCAGAAAAAAGUUUUGCUGAGGAUAGAAUGGGGCAAAAAAUUGACCGCUGCUUUUCUGAUACAUUUAUCAAAGCAGGCGUUGGAUUUGCACUCGGCGGUGUGUUUAGCUUAUUAUUCUUUAAGCGAAGAGCUUGGCCACUUUAUGCAGGCACAUUCUUUGGCGUCGGUGUUGCUUACAAUAACUGUGAGAAAUCACUGAAUAGUAAUUAAAUUCCAUCGACAAAUCCAUUCGAAGAAAAAAUAAAAUAAUUAUGCCGAGUAAAAAUUAAUCAAAUUUAAUAAAAUACAGAAAUUGUUGAUUGACAAGUGAAAGUAA